AUGAGAAGAGGAAUGGUUGGCCUGGUUUAUAAGUUGGCACAUCUCUGGAAAGGAACUAUGGGAGAUUCAUUGGGUUUGCUAAAAGUUACAGUCGUGCAAGGGAAAAGACUGGUAAUCCGGGAUUUUAAGAGCAGCGAUCCUUAUGUUGUUAUCAAAUUGGGAAAUCAGGUGGCGAAAACCAAGGUUAUCAACAGUUGCCUUAAUCCCGUUUGGAAUGAAGAGCUAAGCUUCUUCCUUAACGAACCUAUUGGAGUUCUAAAUUUGGAAGUGUUUGAUAAAGAUUUUCUGAAGACAGAUGAUAAGAUGGGACAUGCUCACGUCAGCCUGCAGCCAAUAGUCUCUGCUGCUAGAUUGAGACAGAUUUUACAAGUUUCUUCUGGCGAGACAACAUUAAGGAAGGUUGUCCCAGAUAGUGACAACUGCCUAGUUAGGGAAAGCUGUAUUACUUGUGUAGAUGGUGAGGUGGUGCAGUGUGUUUGGUUGAGGCUUUGCGACGUCGAGUCAGGGGAAAUAGAAUUGAAAAUCAAGUUAACUGAUGCAGCAGAUCCGGAUGCAACCUCAGGGUAG